AUGUUGUCUUCUAUACCACAAGUCAUUGUGGCUGAUUUUGUGAUUGUUGGUGGAGGUACUGCUGGGUGUGUUUUAGCUACUCGAUUAGCUGAACAGGGUUUUGAAACGCUUCUCAUAUCCAGUGGUGCAAAUGACACAUCAAAUCCCUUGAUCAAGCUACAGUCGGAAUUGUCUCGUCUACAACGUAAAUUAUUCUUCAAACAUUAUUUGCCUACAGAUACCUCACCGAAUCUUAAUAAUCGGCAUUUAAAUGCUACGGUAUUGAACACACUUGGAGGAAGUAGUGUUAACAGUGGUGGAAUGGAAAGAAUGAUGGCAAAUGAUUGGAACUCUUUUAUUAAUGCAACUGAAGAUUCAUCCUUUAGUCAUGAAAAUAUGUCUAAAUACUAUAAAAUGGUUGAAAAGUUUACAUCAGCUGAUGCAUCACGAACUUCCAACGUUCAUGGCAAUAAUGGUCCAAUAAAAAUAACUCAAGUUCAUGAUGCUAUAUUCAAAGAGGUAUGGAGAAAUGUUGCUUAUGAGCUCAAAGAAACAUUUAGCGAAGAUUUAGCAGAAACUCUCGACUACGGUUUAUCAUUUGAACCUUCAUCAUUCACCGAUGGAUUAAGAAGCUGGAGUGGUGAUGCUUAUUUGACUCCUGCUAUAGCCAAAUAUCCGAAUCUGAAAGUUCUGACAAGUGCUACUGCAAUAAAGUUCACUUUAAAUGAAACAACUAAGUACAUAGAAAAUGUUCUGUUUCUGUCCCUUGAUGGCUUCUUUUAUGGUGUUGCCAAAAAAGAAUAUAUUUUAUCUGCUGGUACAUUCUAUACUCCUCAUAUACUCAUGUUAUCGGGUAUCGGCGAUCCUGAAAUUCUUCAAAAACAUCAAAUUCCAGUGAAACAUGAAUUAAGACAAGUGGGUAAAAAUUUAAUGGAUAAUGGUGCAGUAAUUGUUCAAUAUAAAGCAGAAAAUCUUCCUAUCAACGAAUCAAUACCUGUAGGCUUAGUCAAUACUCAAUCUGCAACUACAAAUAUCAAUCCUGAUUUGUUUUUCAUUUUAAAAAUGGAUAAAACAUCAAGAAACCUCUAUGUAGUUAUAUUCAACGCUUCCCCAAAAUCUACGACUGGUUUCAUUUCACUACACAAUUCUAAUCCACUGAGUCCACCAAGAAUAAUUUUAGAUUAUCUAAAAGACAAAAGAGAUCUUCAAACAUUUAUCGAUAGCAUCCAUUAUGUACGCAAAGUCAUGUCAACCGAUGCAUUGAAAAAUGUUGGUCCUAUUAUUGAGAUUUCACCUGGAAUGAAAAACAUGGACUUAGCUAGCUAUAUUAAAGAUACAUUAGAUCCAGGUUACCAUUACAUUGGGACAUGUUGUAUGGGACGCAAUGCAGAGGAUUCGGUCGUUGACAAUCAUUUCAAAGUUCAUGGAAUAAAAAAUCUUAGAAUUGUAGAUGCAUCAGUUUUUCCUGCUGGUUUUGCAUCGAAAACAGGUCCGUGUUUAACGACUUAUGCUUUGACAGAAAAAGCAGCUGAUCUUUUGUGUAAAGAACACUUAUAG